ACAGUAGACGCGUGCCACAUUCAAUCAGUAAGAAAACCAGACAGCUAACUCAGUAUCAUCACAAUAGAAACUUUAUCAGUCAGUUACCUCAAAAUGCUUUCAUCAUUACAACUUAAUUGAAAGUAUGCGGUUACAAGAAAACACACCCUGAUGAUGAAAUACACAUGCACACCUCUAUGUACAUGUUACUUUCAACAUCAAGCACCACAUAUAACCGCAUGACAAAAGCAAAUUGUGGCAUAACUGCAUGCACAAGCGCGUGAACGCGAUGUUCUUAGCUCUGGAUGAGCCUCACUUUCCUGACGGUCUAUCCCUUUCGACUCAAAAUGGACACAAAACGUGGAAGGAGGAACACAGACGGUCAAGACGUGCAUGCAAGAAGUCAAAAGGUGCAUCGUGUGAUGUACACUUGCAGUUGCAAGAGCUCGACUUGAGAGACUUGAGAGUAGAUCGUCAUGAUGGGAGAAUCCCUAGGAAGCUUUAUGGGUAUAUGCUACAUGGUAGGAGACUACGCAAGAGGAAAGACGGUAGGACAAAACGUGUACUCAAACAUAUCAACAGACACAUGAAAAUGCUGCACUCCAAUUGUCCUUCAAAAUACGAGUCAAUGAUGCCAUUCAAUUCGAGGACUGGAGGUCGGGAGGAUUACGAUUCGUGUGUACACCUGGAGCUUGGAUUGUGCUACAAAGUGAAAAAGCAUCCAGAUGGCACAAUGCAAACCAUUCUGCUCUCGACCUUCUUCACGCCACUCAAUUUCUACAACCUCAAAUCAAAACCAACAAAGAGAUACCAACACACAGAUGGACGAGACUCGGACACCUCAGAUGAUGAUGACACAUCGGAUGAUGAUAGCACAUCAGAUGAUGAUGACACAUCGGAUGAUCAUGAUGUACAUGAUGUACCAGAUGGAGAGAAAUUCUGUGUUCAUCAAGGGCAUCCGAUCUAUUUCACUCGUUAUGGUCUUGCACUCACCAAUGGACCAUACAUGAUGAUUGAUGAGAAUGGAGAGAUCAAUUGUCAAGGGACGGAGUACGUAUUUCGACCAGCACAGUUUAAGAUCGUUGUCAAUCACUUGAAUGUGUCAAUACCUGGACACGUUGUGAGCAUCAUGGCCCUCGGAAUGGGAUCGGAGGAUAUGUACUUUGUGUCUCUGUUCACUGAUAGAACAAAUGGAACAAGAUUUGCUGUUGAGAGAGUUGAAAAGAGCCAACUGACUCCUGCAAUGACUCCCAUCAAGCCCGAGUUCCAAUUUCUUGUAACCAAAGACAAGGACACGGCCUACUAUCAGUUCCAGGCAACAACACCCGACAGCGACGGCAACAAACGUUAUCUAGCAUUCGAUGAGGAGGGCAAACAGGUGACACUGACAGACAAUGAUGUGAAGAGCAAGAGCAAGCAGCUUGUCUCUCAGAGUCUGCUCUGUCUCACGCCCCUCACACACAACUGAAUGUCGUCAUUGAAAUGGAACCCACUAAGUGGGCAACAGUUCAACAUGCAGUUGACGCUAGAAUUUCUGUUGUAGAGAUGUUUGGUUAUCAACUGGUAGCUAGUGUAGGUUGUAUGUUAUUAGAUAGAGACUGAUACAGCAUGAGUGUUGUUACAGUGUGUGUAUACACUUGUGUAGACGCGUGUCUGGUUGUGAUGGUCGUUGUGUUGUGUUGUGUUGUGUUGAUUACUGUGGUUGGUUCUACAUAUCAAAAUGAUGCAAGAACUGUAACUGGCUCCUGU